AUGCGUGCCUUAGUUGGAGUUAAGCGUGUCAUUGAUUACGCGGUGAAAAUUCGUGUAAAACCGGAUAAAACAGGUGUUAUUCAUGAGAAUGUGCAGAAUUCAAUGAAUCCUUUCGAUGAAAUCGCUCUAGAAGAAGCAGUUCGACUUAAAGAAAAAAAUGUUAUAAAGGACAUAGUUGCUGUUUCACUUGGACCACCAAAAGCUCAGGAAAUCUUGCGUACUGCUUUAGCGAAAGGUGCCGAUCGUGCCAUACAUGUUGAGGUCGAUGAUAAAAUCGCUGAAAAAAUUGAACCUUUAAAUGUCGCCAAAGUGAUCGCAAAAAUUGUACAAAACGAAAAAAUUGAUGUCGUUUUCGUUGGUAAACAAGCUAUAGACGAUGAUUCUAAUCAGACUGCUCAAAUCUUGGCUAGUUUAUUGGAUUGGCCUCAGGCUUUAUUUGCAAGUAAAGUUGAACCAGAAGGUGAUACAUUUAAAGUCACUAGAGAAAUCGAUGGUGGCCAUGAUACAAUUCGUGUUAAACUUCCUGCUGUAAUAAGCACGGAUUUACGAUUGAACGAACCACGAUAUGCGACAUUACCAAAUAUCAUGAAAGCAAAGAAGAAACCAUUAGAGAAAAAAACACCAAGUGAUUAUGGUGUGGAAAUUAUUCCACAGACGGAAAUUCUGGAGGUCACUGAUCCACCAGUUCGUCAAGCUGGAGUUUUCGUCGAUGAUGUUCAAAUGCUGAUCGCAAAACUUAAGGAAAAAGGUGUUUUAAAACAAUAG